GAAACCAAUAAAACAACAUGGCGAACUUGCAAGAACAUGACCUGGAACGGCUUCGUGCCGAAUUACAGCAAGAGAAGCAGAUGCAGGAGAUGCUGGAGCAGUCGUCGACUGAGUUAAAGAUGACGGUAGAUGAGUUGGAGCGGAGGAUCGAUAACAUCGAUGAGGAAGGUAACGAAUGGAAGACGAGGUUUGAGACACAACUGGAGAUGAAUCAACAGUUGGACAAGCAGAUCCUGCUGUUACAAGAUAAGAUAGACAUGGCAAAGAAGGCCUCACAAGACAUGCAAGGCAAGGCUCAGAAAGAAAUAUUCACAAAGAUAGAUUUUACAGAUUUUCAGUCCAACCGUCGACAACCCCAAAAAGAGGUGACUCAUCAGACCAUCAGAAUGAUGGAGAGAGAAAAGGGAUCCGUCCAGAACCAACUGAGAGACAUCGAGUGGCGUGUUGAUCAGGAAUCUAAGGCAUAUCACAAAGCUAAUGAAGAGCGGAAACAGUACAACACGGAAAUCAGCGCAGCAAAACAUACGAUCACCGGCCUCGAGACGAAAUACAAACACAGUACACCAAGAGGGGACGGUUAUGACGAAGGGCCUAAGAUUAGUACCAGGAACAUCCCACCAGACCAGCGGAUCAUUGACCCGAGGAAAGGUCCCAUCAAUAAGACAGCUGCUGUGAAGAAGCUGCCCAAGCUUGAAUAGGGGGUGUUAUGGUGCUAAUGGUUCCAUCUGUGCCAAAAAGUGGUGUCAGUCUCUAAUGCUAUGGGCCAUAGAGGCUGACCCGGAAAAGUUCAGAAUUAUUUUUGAAGUUGACCUGCAGGACUACUAUCUGAGGGUCUGGGGACUGAGGGCUGGAUCUGGGGGCUGGGGCUUGAGACUAAGCCUAAGGCCUGGGACAUGGGCUGGGGCUUGGGACUGAGGGCUGGG